ACCGCAUGACGCUAAGUUCUAAUUACGUAAUUGAAACCUUAGCGGGAGCAAAAUGCUUAGCAACCGACCACCGUGGCAUGAAAUCACUUAUUGAAUAUUUCAAACAUGGCGAUUUGCUGGAGUGAAAGCGAAGUUGUAAACGACAUUUUAACAACUCUUCAAACUACCUCAAAAGGUCGACUAAGCUAUGAUCCAGAUUGGCAAACAAAUGCUGAGAUUUCAAACCAACUUUCUUGUUCGUUCGAGUCAUUUUUGAAUGAGUCUUGGGACCCUCUUGGGGGUAUAAACACGAGCUUACUUGGUUUGGAGGAGAAUAACAGCGAUACAAGCUCUGAAAAUGAAGCUGAAUCAAGCUUAAUGACAGAAUUAAAUGAUACUGCUAAGGAAACAAACAAAUCUGUAGGGAUCUCGGGAAAUUUUGACAGCAUAAAGCAGUAUCACGAUGAUUGUCGCGUGAAUGCGGAACAACGGAAAGCCGAGCGGGCGCGGAUACUCGAAGAACGGAUGGAAAUUUUGAAGAUUGAUAGUGAGCAAACACUGAGGAAUAAACAAGAAAAUUUGGCUGAAGAGAAACGACAAUUUGAAAUUGAAAUUAAAGAAUUGCAACGGCAAGAUGCAGAAGAGUUACGGAGGAGAAAAGUGGAACUUGAUAAGGAGGCCAUGGCAUAUAAACAAAGACUUGAUGAAAUAUUCACAAGGUCGCUGACAGAGGAAAGUCUCGUCGCCAGAGAGAGGGAGCAACGAAUAGCUGUGCUUGAAAACUUAAAGAAAAAUGUCACUUUGCUUUACCAACAAGUUUUAAGAAACAUUGAACUUAUUCAACAGAAAUUUGCUGAUUCUAAGCACAUGUCAUUUGUUGAUGCACAAGUUGCUGAAGAUAUUGCGACUGUGUUAGACAGAAUUCCUCUGAAAGCUGAAGCUGAACUCUCAAAAUGUGAAGCAUCUCACGAUAUAUCUGAUGUGGAAGACCAUCUAGAAUUAAUGAGAAAGUUGAUUCAAGCAACAUUGUCUAUUGAUAAUAACGUAGGACAUAUUUUAAAGACAGCGCAAGAGAAGGCAAUGGCUGCCACAAAGAAAAGAGAAUCAGAAGAAGCAGAACGACUUAAGCUUGAGGAAGCAAAACGACAACAUCAAGAGGAAGCGAAACGACAACAUCAAGAGCAAGCGAAGAAACUCAAGGCCAAUAAAAAGCUAUCUGAGAAACUUUCUGUACCAAAAAAUGAAGAAAGGUUACCUAUAGCAGCUCCACAAACAAGCAAGAAAGAAAACAAGACAACAACAGCACAAACAUUUACAGAAUUUAUUUCUGACAAAGCUCUAAUAGAGUACAUGGAAUUACAAGAACAUUUGAACACAGUACAGGCAUCAUUUAAAGGUUUUAUUUCAGAUUCAAAAUAUAAACAAUAUAAAUUUGAUUUGCUAAAAGCUGUCAAUAUCCCCAUUAAUACUAUAUCAGCUCAUUCACCAAGCCAAUUGAAUGAUAAAAUACAUCGCCUUGUCUCUUUGAUUAGUGGAAACAAUGUCGAAGUUGGAGGAAGGAGAGUUAACUGCAAGGCCCAUCCAAGUGCCAUGGUAAGAUACAGUGCAUCUUCCAACUGCUGGCUUUCACUCAGAAUUUGGGAAAUUACAAAUGGCAGAAAACAAAGUUACUUACAUUUUUGCAUUCAAGCCAAAGCAUACGUUACUAAACUUUAUUUGCCUCUUGAAAGAACUCAUCUUUCUUUACAAACAACCUUUAAGUAGCUAUUGCUAUUGCGACUAUUGUCGGUGAAAUCAUAUAGAUCAGUCCAAACAACUUCAAACGUUUUAACUGUUGACAUGGUUAUAAAGCUGUGAAAAUGAUGUAAAUAAUGUAUCAUGCAGUACGAACAACUACAGUGUACUAGAAUGCUCAAGGGAAUAUUAUUUGUUAGUCGCUUUUGUCUUGGAGUAAAAAUGCUAUUGUUGAUGAGCAUGUCUUCAUUGCCGUUGCUGUUGUAAGUUCCCAAACUCACUAUUAUGAACAGCAGAUGGUUGACACUUUAGGCGCAAGUCUCACAAUUCUACCAAACCGCUACUGGUACUACAUAUAAUGAGAACAUUAUUUUCUCACAUUGAUGUUGAGCACCAUCUGCUGCAUAAUAAUUUUUAGUGAAUCCCUUAUUGGGCUUAGUCGAGGUAAAUUAUUGUUUACAAAGUAUUUUGUGUUGUAGGUAUUUUGCAAAGAUCUGGUGGCAAAAAAGCUGGUUAUGCAAGGAGUUCAGCAAGUGUUGUACAACCCUCAAACUGCCUUUCUUUAUGCUGCUGUUAUUGUUGGAAUAUGGACGGCGUUUCCAGAUGUCGGCAAACUCAUUCUUGCUUGUUUCCACCGAAACUACCCGUACCUCGUACCUUACUACAUCCCGCAAGUUGAGGGCCAAUCAAACAAUGAUUACCACAAGGCAUUAGGUUACUCUGUUAACAAUGAUAGAAUUGAGGACGAGAAUAAUUUCUUGACGAAGUUUUCAGGGACAGUUCAGCUUUAUGCUGCGGUUGUAUCGUCAAAAGGUGCAGCCACGCCAGACCACCCUCAUGGCAUUGACAAAGGUUGGACUUGGCUGGCCCGAACCCUCAACCUUAAACCACACCCAAGCGUAACAGCGACAAUGCUGUUUGAAUUUAUCAAAGUUGCAGGUCACCUCCUGAUGGAAAGAUACCGUAAACAAUUUCAGAAAUUACUCCUAAUGCUGUACAAAGAUUUUAUCCCAGCCAUGGACAAGGUGACACCACCAGAGAAGCAAGGACCUAUGCAGAGAUUUAAGGAUUUCUUGGAUGAAUGUGUUAAGACACAAAAAAUUCCUAUGCCUAAAGGAUACCUUACGGAACGAUGGUGGCACAGUGGACACUUUUAGAAAUGUUUAUACCUGGUUUAGGGGUUGACCGAGAAUAGGGCCGAUCUUUGAUUUAUCAAUAGACAAUCGGUAGAAUUAUCUCUAUUUUCUGAUUGUGUAAAACUGAUUGAAAAUACGCACUUUAAAAAUUAUAUUCAUUGCACAUUGAUACACGCUGUAUAUACAGCUGUUUCAAUUAAGGUUGUCCACGAGCAAAGCGGAAAAGUCGAAUAUGAGCGUGAAAGGCUGCUGGGAAUUGCUAAAAAAUUAAUGAAUUUAUUAGUGAUUCCCAGCAGCCUUUCGCACUCGUAUUCGACUUUUCUGCUUUGCUCAGGGACAACCUUAAUUGAAAUAGCUGUAUACAAACACUCAACCUGAUUCCACUUUUUAAUGAAAAUCAAAUGUUUAAUCUCUUGCAUGAAUGACAGUAUAUUACAUGUUUGGUGUGAAGCGAACUGUUACCACAACAAAAUAUGUGAAGCAUGCCGUUUAUGAAUGGUUUUGACAAACUUUGGGUAAUCUAGUUAUUUGCUAGCUAAUUAUAUUCUUAUCAUGUAGUGAUCAAUAACUUUAAAAUAUAUAUCUAAAUAUAAAAAAAUUGCUUUUAAUUACCACAUUCGAGAUGAGAUAUCUUUUUCAUGUAGUUC